AUGUCGACCUCAGCAGCAAUAGCAGCCCACGGAAAGAACGUCCACAGGUCACGAACUGCCUCAGCAUUCCUCUUCCCAGACACCGCAGACUACCUCGAGCCAUCCAACCACCCUUCUGCCGCCCCCUCCCCAAGGCCACAAGUCCUCUCUGGCACAGACUCGCCCUGCGGCUCGUGGAUUUCUCUCUCGGCGAGAGAACUCCUGGAGGACGAUUACUCUGAAAUCGACUACUCUGACAUGGACGGAGAAGAUGACAUGAUCUAUGACUCGCCCCCUUACUACUAUGACGAAGAAGAGCUUCUCCAGCACCAGUACCAACAGCAACAGCUCCUCCAUCAGCAACAAAUUCAAUAUCACAAUCAACAUUCAUACCAGCAGCAACAUCAUCAACAUCCUCCUGGAAGACCCCUUGCCUUUGCUGGCAAAGGAGACUACGCCGGCUUCCCCGCCUCAUCGUCUUCGUCCUCCCACCAUUCCUCGCAGGAACAGGAGCAAGCAGAGGAAGCCCUUCGUGCCAGUCUGUCAACACUGCUGUCUUCGGGACCACGGCCAAGGUUCAGACAGAGGCGCAACCGUCCAAGAAAGAUCUACACUGUCGACACCCGAUCCCAGCGAUCUUCUCCUCUCGUACCUGCCUCACCAACCCACCUCUACUACUCCUCCUCAAGCUCACCCCACCUUCGCCCCUCAAACCCUGAAUCGAUCCUCGGUGACCUUUCGCCUCACUACUUUCACGGUGCCAUCACUCCCAUCUCGAGAGACUACGACAGUGCAUCUUCAGAUUCUGAGGUAGGACGACAAAAGAAGGUCUGCCACAGAGGAAUUCUUUCCACAGGCCAGCCCAUGCGUGAACAUUACUAUGAUAUCGAAUCGACAACGCUCAACAGCAGCGACCCGACAUUCUCUGGAUCGACCACUCCUCUCAAUUCACCACAUUAUUCCAAGUCACACACCCCGCCAGACUCUGCCGCAAACAAAGUGCUACAAGGCCCCUCGUCACUCCUGGCAACAAGAUAUGUCUCCUGGAGUGUCAAAGCACAAUCAAUUCUGGACCAUGCAGCAAAGGAGCCACCCCUCAAGUCAGGCGAUGGGCACUCUUCGACGUUCUCGUCUCGUUCGUCCUCGCCCCACUCAUCACCUUCCAGCUCAGGAGCAUCUACACCAUCUCGGACAAGGAGGAGACGGUGCCCUAUUCCUGAACCGCAUCAAGGAUUCUUUUCGAGGGCUCUAGACCAACGCUCGUUGGCAUCACAUGUUUCGGUAUCAAGAGUCGGCAUGGCAGGAACAAUGUGCCCACCACUCCAUGUCGGCCUUCGUACCGGUAUCCUCAUCCGAGGCUCAUCCCCCUUGCGACCCAUUGGCACCAACCAACCGUCUUGCUCCAGUCAAAACAAUUCUUCCGCAAGGUCCUACUCGUUCAAAAACAUGUCUGGAGGAGCCUUGGCUAACAAGGGAGAUAACAACUGCGAUCUUGACAUUGAUGCGGGCGAUGACAAAGAGAAUAAGCGGUGGUAUAGUCAGGAACUUGGACUCAACCUCUGGCAGACGACUCUUGGCGCAGCAGCCCUUUUGGGCACAGGAUUUGGUUCAGGAAUGGUCAAGAAAGUGCAUAAUAUCACUCAGGACCAUAUGAUGGAUAUCCGACAAGCCAUCUCAGAGUCCAACGCCACUAAAGUCGAGACUGGAGGAGCUGUUUCCCGAUAUGUAAUCAGGAUAACCAUAGAUCCACUCGAGCUCUUACAGACUUGCGCAAACCUCGGGAAUAAGCUCCUGUGCGACAUCGAGUCGAUCGAACCGGAUGUCCACCUGGUCUGCUGUCAGAUUUUGCAGCAGUUUAUGAGUCUUGAUGAGAAUUCCUUGUUAGCUGAACAGGUUCGGAUGCAAUUUGCCGUCUAUUGCUUCUACGGUGUCGUUUUCGAGGGAGGACAUUACUCAGGACAAGGACAGCUAUUCAAGAUUCGUGACACUCUCUGGACGAGUCACUUCCGUAUCCAUGACGGAACACAUCAUCAGCAAAAGAUCACCGUAGAGUGUCUCGGUGCGCACCGAGCUGAGGGUUGCUUCGUCAACCAAAUGGAGCUUUUCUUGCUAGACGACCUAGCGGACAGUGCUAAAUUAGGAGAGCACAUCCAACUGAUUGGGAGAGUCUACCGCUCCUACCCGGAGAAGAACCAAGAGACUUACUUGCAUGGAAUACAGAUGGAUGUCAAUAAUCUGAUUCAUCUUCCCAGCCGCCGUGACGAAGAGACUCUCUCGGAGGCCAUUGCGGCGAUCGCUACUUCCGACAUGUCGCCGUGGAACACUAGCCAGACUAUUGUUGAUCUCUUUGAUGGCAUUGUUCCCACGAGCAUCUAUCGAAAGCUCAAGCUGGCCCUCUUGCUGAGUGCCGUGUCUGUAGCUCCAAGUGGUUCCAAGAACCUGGUUGCAGAGAAAGAAGUGGCGGAUUCCGUCCGGCGAUCCAUUCACGUUUUGGUGGUGAUGAACGGACGUGACACGAUUGUUCCCGCCCUCAUGGCAAGCAUGGCGGGUUUGAAGAACUGCAUCUUUUGGGAUCAUGGAGAUGAGACAACUCGCAAAACACUCCACAGCCUCCACCAGCCCAAAAAGCCAAGCAUAGGCGAGAUUCGAGCCUCUGAGAUGGGCGCCGCCAGGGAUGGGGUCGUUUUGUUUGAACUGGACCAGUUGGACAAGAAGGCUCAAGCACACAUCACCUCAGUUCUGACGACGGCGAACGGGAAUGAUAUUGGAAUCCAGAGGGACAAUCUGUCACUGCAGUUGGAAUUGACCUGUUGUUGCUGGGCGACACAUACAUCCAUCCCCCUGCCUUCGAAAAAGCCCAAGCCUGGCGAUCCAGUCUUUGAAGAGGAUAUCACUGGUUCUGCCCAUAAAGUUCCACUUAACGAGAAAUUUGAUAUCAUAGUUGGACAGCAUGAACUGGAUGCUGUUUCAGAUGUUGCGUUGGCGGUUGCCGCACACACCCUUCGACGAUAUAUGCAGGAUGACGAAGGUGGAGAUGGACCGAGUAAGCAGUUGAGUCGCGAGGAUCUUUCUCAGUACCUGCAUGUCGCGUCCACCAUUGAAGUGAGAUUGUCGACGGAAUGUGAGCAGUUACUGAGGGCAUACUUCCAAGUGAUGCGCAAGAAGGCUUCAGGAUCCCAUAUCAAUAGACUUUCCAGCCUCUCCACCAUGUCCACUCUCCUUAACGUCGCCUGUUGUCACGCCAAGGUUUGCUUGCGAUCGGGUGCAAACAGAUACGACGCGCUUGUAAGCAUUAUGAUGAUGGAGGAGACCAUCGCCGCUCGCUGGGGAACGUCGUGUCUGGGGUUCGUUCCACUGUUGGACGGGAAGGAGAACGUUACUCGACUCUACGCCCAGUCGGAGCCCAUCGAUAUUCUGUCGAUCCAAGGCCAAGCCCACGAUCUUGCUGCUACUCGUGUCCCCGUCUUUUUGUCCAGCUUCGAAAUGGACGUAGAUAUGACUGAUCCUUCAUCAGUAAUGGCGACAGACGCGGAUGUCCCUGUGAGUCUUCAAGAGACUCGGGACCAAGUCAUGGACGCCAUGUAUGCACAUUUGACCCGUGUCAUCUCCGAGUACGCCGACACCAAGUUCCAAUUCUUUUCCUUCACCCCAAGCUUGCAGAGGUACAACCUUCGCGUCCAAUAUGACAGCCCACAUACCAACGCCAUUACGAUCCUGGUCAGAGCCGGUGUUGCCUUCCACGGUGCAGAUCUUCGCGGCAUCAAGAUCCCUGGCGCCGAUCUUUCCUGCGGCCAGUUCGAUUCUGCACAGCUCCAAGGAGCCGACCUGACGGGCGUCGAUCUCUCGAGGAGUUGGCUGCGGCAAACGAAUUUGAGCCAUGCACAACUGGAGGGCGUUCAGUUCGGAGAGUUGCCAUACCUCAAGGUGGAGGCUACCGUAGAAGCCUGUGCCUACUCGCCUGACGGAAGGAUGCUUGGAAUAGCGAUAUGGGGUGAUGGCAUUGGCAUCGGUAUUUACGACACCUCUACAUGGCAACGAAUUCAUUUAAUCACAGCCACCGAUGCAGACCGCAGAGUGAUGUUGUGGGACGCAUCGACAGGAGCCUUUGUUUCCUCAUUUGACGGUCAUUCGGACACUGUACACGACGUUACCUUCUCUCUGGAUGGUCUUACCAUUGCAUCGGGAUCUGCUGACGGAACGGUGCGAUUAUGGGAGGCGAGCUCUAGUUCCUCCAGAAUUGCGAUACAAAAUCAGAUCGGUGACGCUGAUGAGGUGGCAUAUUCUCCCGAUGGCCUAUCUAUUUUCUCUUUCGUCCACCCAGGUAUUAUCCGACAAGGGGAUGCUACAACUGGAUUGCACGGAUCAGUAUCGUUUAAGUUUCCGGACCCAGAAUCUAUCAACACCCUGACGUUUUCAUCGGACGGCAAUCGGAUCGCAGCCGGUUGCGGGGAUGAUGCAGUACGAUUGUGGGAUCGCAGCACUGGCGCGGCAGGACCGGUCUUGGAGGGGCAUUCGAGGGCGGUGGUGAUUCUUGCUUAUUCAACCUGUGGUCGCUGGAUCGCGUCUUCCGACGACGAUGGGAUUGUACGAUUGUGGGACCUCCAUAAUACGGAGCAGCAAUGCGUUCUUUUUGGAGACGGAGACAAUAACGAUCGGGUCUUUGACUUGAAGUUCUCACCAACAGGACAUCAACUUGCGAUCUGCUCAGAGGACGGAAAAGUCUUGCUUUUCGAUCCACGAACAAGAGUCCUCUUGACGUCCAAGAAGCUGAAGGAGGAGGCGAUCCUGGCGUUGGACUACUCGCCAAAUGGUCAGCUGCUUGCUAUAGGCACUUUGCGCUCGAUUGCCUUGUGGGACCUGCGGUCGGAUGAGCUUUGUAUUGAACUGAAGAUGCCUCGCAGUUCGAUGGAUCGCUAUGUUGACAGCAUGACUAUUGCUUACUCGCCAUGCGGCCAGUUUCUGGCAUCCUCUAACAAGGACUACAUUGUGCAUCUCUGGCAGCGACAUUCGACCAAAGGGAACGAGAUCUGGUCUUGCGCAGUUGCGCUUCGUGUGUUUUCUGCGCAAGUUGUAAGCCUGUCUUGGAACCCAGUUGUCCCGACGGAGUUCAUCACAGCCAGCAAUGAUGGGUCUGUCCGAGUAUGGCGAGUGUCGAGCGGCGAUGGAACCGCGGUCGUCAGGAUGUUCUGGGGAACCAAUCUUAGGAUUCUUUGCACUGCAGGUGUGGUUCUUGAGGGUGCGACUAGUCUGAGCCCGUCCCAGUAUAAGUUGAUAUCUCAACGCCAUGUCUUUGACAAGGGUCCAUCUUCAGAGGACGAUUGA